CGCCGCCUCCGCAGCGGGCCCCGAGCAGCAGCCCGGCCAGGACGGUGUCGAGGAGCUGGCGUCGCUAGAACAGCUGGACCAGGACUGCUUCAUCGUGCCGUUUGACAUGGUGGACAGGUUCCUGCCCACCGGACAUAAGCUGCCGCCCACGUCACCCGCGCGAGGGCAGAGGGUGAACGUGCGAGAGACGCACAACCCCGGCCUGGCAGUCAUCAUCCACGUGCUGGGUCACCUGGUGCCCCUGGUGCCCCGCGCGCUGGACCCGGUUCCGCCGCGCCACGUCCAGCUGGGCGCCUGCGCCAGCCUGCUGCGCCAGGUGGCGCAGACGGGCAGCACUCGCGACGCCCUGCUGCUCAGCAACUUGGAGCGCACAGAGCAGUUCCCGUUCCUGUUGUACUACACGGUGGACAAGCAGCGUGGUAACGCGCCCGACACGUACUCGGCGAUCGUGCGCACCAUGCAGGAGACGUUCUGCCGGCUGGAGGCCAGCUACGUGGCCGAUCACACCAUCCGGCUGUACGACGAGGUGGCGACCAUCGCCCGGCCGCCGCUCACGGACCAGCGGCGGCCGACCAGCGCCCAGACGGGAUACAUCGUCUCCAUAUUCCGGGUGAUGGAGGGAGACGACCGACGCAGCUUCGAGCGGGACUGGCUCAGCUGGACGGGGGCACGCCUGCUGUACCGCAGCAUUCCGGCCAGCGCCGGCCUCCGGCGCAUGGUGCUACACAAGGCGUGCGGAGAUGGGGACAUCUAUUAUGUGCUCACCUGCGAGUGCAGCUCCCUCUUGGACAACGUGGUGGCGUCGGCGCGAGCGCUGCCCGCCCUCCGGGCCCGGCUGGUCGGUUAUACCGGUAUCUACAAGCUCAUGGCCGUCUCCUGAUGCCAGCGGCGCGACCGUGGCAGUCUCCUGAUGAUAGCCGCGCGGCCACGGAGUCUCCUUAUGUCAGCUGCGCGACCGUGGCGUCCCUGAUGCCAGCCGCGCGGCCAUGGAGCCUCCUUAUGUCAGCUGCGCAGCCACGGAUUCUCCUGAUGUCAGCGGUACGGCCACGGAGUCUCCUGUCAACGGCACGACCGCGGAGCGAUGUGACCGUGGCGUUUCGUGGUGUCAGCGGUGUGACCGUGGCAUUUCGUCAUGUCAGGCGGUGCGACCGUGAUGUUUCGUAAAGCGUGCCGUGAGCGUGUGGUCCCCUGAACCAGACGUGUGCACUGCUCGUGAUAUCGGAUGUGUUCGGAGCGACGCUGCGUGGCGUCAAACCAAGUCUUUCCCAUGACAUGGGCUGGUGCGAGCGACUGUUCGAAGCCAGCUCAACGCAGAAUAAUUACAGCGCGCUUCGUACUCGUCGUAGACCGUACUUGUGAUCAAGCCCGGUGCAACAACUUCGAAGCGAUGACCUUUAUUUUGUGUGAAAGGGAAAAGGACUGAAUAUGAA